AUGGCUGAUCGUGGACGAGGUCAAGGUCGUGGCGGUCGUGGAGGUGGCCGCGGACGCGGCGACUUUCAAGGCGGUCGCGGUGGGGGUGAUGCUGGUGCUCAACGUGGUGGCGGCAGCUUUCGCGGAGACCGUGGUGGCUUCCGAGGAGACCGUGGAGGAGGAGGCUUCCGUGGUGACCGAGGCGGCGGCUUUCGCGGUGACCGAGGAGGCGGCGGCUACCGUGGUGGUGAUCGUGGUGGCUUUCGCGGUGGUGAUCGAGGCCGUGGUGGUGGAGGCUUCAGACCACGUGGUGAAAAGUUCGCUGGCGAAGAUCUGGCAUUCAACACAAACGCGGUGCCUGCACCUGAUGCCAGAAUCACGAAGAUCGAGGAUUCUUUGAUCCAAAGCAAUCAGCUAAUAUCCUCGAUGUCGCAACUUUCAUUGUCAGGAUCAUCGACAACGACAGAAUUCAUCCCGCUACGACCUUCAUUCGGCACAAAGGGCAAGGAGGUUGUUCUUUGGGCCAAUUACUUCAACAUGCAACUAAAGGACCAGGUUCUCUACAAGUACAACAUCAAGGUCAAUAAGAUCCCUGGUGAAGGACUAAAAGCGAACGUGAAGAUUCCAGAAACCAAAGGCCGGAAACUACAGCGAGUGAUUGAACUCGCAUUGAACACGUUGGGCAAUGCGAUUCCCGUGGUAUCAGAGUACAAAAGCCAAGUGGUGUCCCUCAAACCCUUGGCGCUUCCGAAUGAUGGAGUUGUCCAGGUUCUCUACACUGACGAAGGCCGUGAUGAUACAUUCACUGUAUCUUUCCACGGUCCUAACGAGGUGCCCUUGUCCGAGCUUAUUUCUUUUCUGUCAACCAUGCAAGCCAUGUCAUCUUCGUUUCCUCUCUUCGAGGAAGUUAUUGACACCAUCAACGUUGCCGUUGGCCACAGCUCCCGAGCCCACCCAGACACUGCCUCGUUGGGUAGUAGUCGGCACUUUCCCCUGUAUAUGAGCGAUCAGACGUACGAUCUUGGCCUCCCAGAACAGAACAAGAUCGUUCGAGGAUACUUCCAAAGUGUACGCCCGGCCACUGGGCGUGUUUUGGUCAAUGUGAACACCUCGCAUGGCGUUUUCCGAUUCCAUGGUCCAAUGAAGACUUACCUUCGCGGUUUUGAUCUCUCGUCCGACUUUGGACUUCGCGCUCUCAACAAGGCCAUCUUGGGUCGUCGCGUGAAGGUCCAAAUUCUUGCGGAGAAGAACCAGCCUGCAGGCAAAGACCCCAAGGCCCCUCAAAAGGGCAAGGGCUCGGCUCCCCCCAAGCCGCCCGGUGUAGCCCGAAUCAAGGAAACUGCUUGCCAUGGUGUUGCAAUUCCCCGAGGUGGUGCAGGUGAGAAGAAUACCAAGGUGACUCGUUUUGGUGCCCGCCCUCAUGAGGUGUCUUUCCGCAUCAAAGCGCCCGCACCACCAGGGUUCACUGAUGGACAGUUGGUCACAGUGGCACAAUACUUCCAAACGAAGUAUGGUUACCAAGUUGACCAGACUCUUCCGGUCAUCAGCACAGGCAAUAAGGCAGAUCCUAUGCACAUACCAGCAGAGUUAGUUAAGCUAGUUGAGAGCCAACCACUUCGGCGGAAGUUGACUGCUGACGAAACUCGGGACAUGAUUGAGUUUGCGUGCCGGUCGCCGGUAGCUAAUGCCACAUCAAUUGUGACAACCGGCCGUACAGCGCUAGGUCUUUCGAACAAUCCGAUACUUACAUCCUUUGGCAUCAGCCUCUCUGAAGGUCUUUUGACAGUGCGCGGAAGAGAGCUCCCACCUCCGCAAGUUGUUUAUGCAAGCCUCAGAAAUCCCAAGCAGACUCAGAAGCCACGCGUGGCAGAGGGUAGCUGGAACAUGCGCGACGUGAAGGUUGUGAAACCUGGAAAACCCAUUCAAACUUGGAAUUGGGUCUACAUUGUCACGGACGGCCGUCCCUUCCCUCAUGCCGAUUUGAAAGCAGCUGUAGCUGGAAUGGUGGACUUUUGGCGCAGCAUGGGUAUUGCCAUUCCCGGCCGGCCGGACAACAUGGACGGUGUCCGAAUCGACAUUCCCAGGGGUGCCCUGCCUGUGCAGGUGAUUGACGCUGUUUUCUCCAAGUUCCCCACGAACGCCGAGUUUGUUUUCGUUGUCCUUCCGGAUAAGGGUACCGAAGUUUACAAUGCGGUGAAGACUUGUGCGGACACCAGGUACGGCUUUCACACCGUGAGUGUUGUACGAAACAACAUUCUCAAGGAGAGGGGCCGGGAUCAGUACUACGCCAAUGUUGGUUUGAAGGUCAAUCUCAAGGCCGGAGGAACCAACCACAGACUGGAUGGCGGCGUGACACUCGUCAAGGAGGGCAAAACCAUGGUGGUAGGCUAUGAUGUGACGCACCCCACUAACAUGUCGGGAAACACAGAAAAUGUUCCCAGCAUGGUUGGCAUGGUGUCGAGCAUCGACGCUGAGUUGGCUCAAUGGCCAGGCACUGCUUGGGCUCAGGCUGGUCGUGUCGAGAUGCUCGACAGCAACCUGGAGGCCAAGUUUGAGGAGCGGAUCCGGCUAUGGCAACGACAUAACCCAGGGAAAUCCCUUGACAACAUUGUGAUCUACCGCGAUGGAGUCUCAGAGGGUCAGUUUGUGCAGGUCUUGCAAAAGGAGCUGCCAAUGAUACGAGCGGCAUGCAGAAAGCUCUGUAAGCCAGAGCCCAAGCUUGCUGUCAUUGUGUCGGUCAAGCGCCACCAGACGCGUUUCUACCCCACAGAUCCCAAUAACAUGACCAACUCCCGCAACAUCAAGAAUGGCACUGUUGUUGAUCGGGGUGUCACAUUGGCCAGGAUCUGGGACUUUUUUCUCACGGCGCACACUGCCCUUCAGGGCACCGCACGCCCAGCGCAUUAUACGGUCCUCUUGGACGAGGUGUUUCGACACACGUUCAAGGGCGAGGCGGCCAACAACCUUGAAAAGAUAACCCAUGAAAUGUGUUAUCUGUUUGGCCGUGCCACCAAGGCCGUGAGCAUCUGUCCCCCUGCGUACUACGCAGAUAUUCUUUGCACUCGUCAGCGAGUGCACAUGAAUGAACUGUUUGAGGGGUCGGACAAUGCUUCGACCAUUUCGUCCGGUGCUGCGGCGCAGAUCACGUCGAGGAGCGUGCACCGCAAGCUGCACGACUCCAUGUACUACAUUUAG